ACCGGUUGGCUGUGUGGCGGCGAGCUGCGUGCCGACGCAGAGAGGCCUGACAGCGCCGGGCUCGGGUCGGCCGUGGCGGCCGGGCUUUGUUUUUAGGCCAGGUCUCUGGGACCGGCCGGGGAAGAUGGUGCUGGGGGGCUGCCCUGUGAGUUACCUAUUGUUGUGCGGCCAGGCGGCCUUGCUGCUGGGGAACCUGCUGCUGCUGCACUGUGUCUCUCGGGGCCACUCGUUUAAUGCCACGGCCGAACUGGACCUCACACCCUCAGGCGCCGCUCACCCCGAGGGUCCCGCACCCCCGAGCUGGGAAUACAGCGAUCCCCAGUCUCCGGUCAUCCUUUGCUCUUACCUACCCGACGAGUUUGUAGAUUGUGAUGCCCCAGUGGAUCACGUUGGAAAUGCAACUGCGUCCCAGGAGCUUGGUUAUGGUUGUCUCAAGUUUGGGGGUCAGGCCUACAGUGAUGUGGAACACACUUCAGUCCAGUGCAGAGCCCUGGAUGGAAUUGAGUGUGCCAGCCCCCGGACCUUUCUACGAGAGAAUAAGCCUUGUAUAAAGUACACUGGACAUUACUUCAUAACCACGUUGCUCUACUCCUUCUUCCUGGGGUGUUUCGGCGUCGAUCGUUUCUGUCUGGGACACACUGGCACAGCCGUCGGGAAGCUGCUGACGUUGGGGGGACUUGGGAUCUGGUGGUUUGUGGACCUCAUUCUGCUCAUCACCGGAGGGCUGAUGCCCAGUGACGGCAGCAACUGGUGCACUGUCUACUAGAGACCACUGCUGUUCCCGGCCAGCGAGGAAAACACGUGCUCAGCUGCCUGGCUAGUUACUCCAAAUUCUCCUCCGAACAUCACUGUCCUCUUUGAUGACGUUCGGGCUGAAUUUUCAACCCAAAUCUUACCUUUGCAGACCGGAAAUGACAAGCAGUGUUGUGGGGAAGCCAGCCGUCCCUUUCUUCACGUACAGAAUAUCACAGAUGGUGACUUCUACCUAGAUCAUUCUCACUGCUCCGUGUCUGUGUGGCUGGAUCCUGAGCCGCUUGGAACAGGGGGACUCAACAGGAUAAACCAAAUGCAUGUUUAUCCGUGCACAGCCUUUGGCGACCCUGAAUUUCCAAGCACAGGUCAGAAACUGUGCACCAAUGAGGAAUCUCCAGGUGACAUAGAAAUGACCGUGGAUUUUAAGACACACCAAAAUUCUGACUCUGUGACUUGAAAGUACAGAAUAAAGUUUUAAAACCUAG